AUGGCAUCCCCCGGCCCUGCCCGACAGGCCCCACUGGACAAAGAAGACUCUUUUGUAGAGCCCAUUAAAGACAUCCGGCAAGAAACCGCGCAGACCAACGAUAUCUAUAUCGAUGAGGUCGCAGAGAAGAAGCUUCUUCGGAAGUUAGACAUGUGGAUUGUCCCGCCCGUCAUGCUUCUCUACCUGCUCAGCUUUCUAGACCGCGUCAACAUUGGCAAUGCUCGGCUCUUCGGAUUGGAAGAAGACUUGGGCCUUCAUGGCGACCAGUAUCAGAUUGCCGUGUCGCUGCUUUUCGUGACCUACAUUCUAUCUGAACUGCCUUCCAACUUGGUCAUCAAGCAUUUUAAGCCCUCAAGAUGGCUCGCAUUCAUCACUACCGGAUGGGGCAUCGUGGCCACUCUGACAGGCAUCGUCCAGAGCUACUCAGGCUUGAUAGCCUGUCGAAUCAUCCUGGGCGCCCUUGAAGGCGGUCUAUUUCCUGGACUCACCAUCUACCUAACCAUGUUCUAUACCAAGCGCGAAUAUGCCCUACGCAUUGGUUACUUGUUCGUCUCUGCCGCCAUCGCAGGGUCCAUGGGCGGCCUCCUUGCGUAUGGAAUUGGCCAAAUGGAUGGUGUGAGCGGCCUACGAGGCUGGCGUUGGAUCAUGAUCAUCGAGGGCAUCCCAACCUUCAUUCUUGGCAUUGCAGUGUGGUUCUGGCUGGCUGAUGACCCAGACUCGGCGCGCUACCUCACUACCCAAGAGCGCGACCUCAUUGAUGCGAGAAUGCGGCGACAGAUCGGAUACACGAAGUCUUCGGAGCAGAUGCAUAAGUCAGACGUGUACAAGGGCCUCAAGGACUGGAAGAUCUGGCUCUUCUGCAUCGGCCAGUUUGGAGGUGACGUUAUCCUCUACGGCUAUUCUACAUUUCUCCCGACAAUCAUCAAAGGCCUGGGCAGUUGGUCUAACACGGAGGCCCAAGCCCUCACAAUUCCUUGCUAUGCUCUGGGAGCUGUGAGUUACCUCGUCGUGGCAUACCUCUCAGACCGCACACAGCGUCGCGCCGUCUUUGCCGUGCUCUUUGGUCUGAUUUGCACGGCAGGUUAUGCGAUUCUCGUUAGCAAUGUUAGCGGCAAUGUCAAGUACUUUGGAUGCUUCUUGGCUGCAAUGGGCUUGUAUGUAGUGGUUGGCAUUCCAUUGGCUUGGCUCCCAAGCAACAACCCGCGAUAUGGGAAGCGUACUGUGGCCACAGGUUUGCAGCUUACUAUCGGCAACAGCGCGGGCAUCCCGGCUCCUUUCCUUUAUCGAACGAACGAAGGGCCUCGAUAUAUCAAGGGCCAUGCCAUUUCCAUGGGCCUCAUUGCUCUCUCGUCCGUCGUCUACAUCCUAUUUUGGGCAUGGUUCCGCCAUCAAAACAGGAGAAAGGCUGCCGGGAAAGAUGACUACAAAAUUCAAGGCAUGACGGAGGAGGAAGCUGAAGAGUUGGGAGAGGAGAAUCCUCGAUUCAAGUACACAUAUUAA